CUGGGCGCAGACAGAAGAGCCUGGAGACAGAGGAAACCUGAACUUUCUUCCUUCUAACUGCCCUCCACCCGCUCCCACCAUGAAGAAGGAAAUAUUAACCCUGGCCUUUGCUCGAUCUGUCUUCGUUGAGUUUAUCUGCACGCUCAUCUUCGUCUUCAUCGGCCUCGGCUCAGCCCUGAAGUGGCCAUCAGCCCUCCCCAGCAUCCUUCAGAUUUCACUGGCGUUCGGCCUGGCCAUCGGCACGCUGGUGCAGGCGUUUGGCCACAUCAGCGGCGCCCACAUCAACCCGGCGGUGACCAUCGCCUUCUUCGUCGGGAACCAGAUCUCCUUCCUCCGCACGCCCUUCUACGUGAUCGCCCAGCGGGGCGGGGCCAUCGCCGGGGCCGGCAUCCUCUAUGGCGUGACGCCGGUCAACACCCGCGGCAACCUGGCCAUCAACGCGCUCAACAACAACACGACCCCGGGCCAGGCCCUCGUGGUGGAGAUCAUCCUCACCUUCCAGCUGGCCGCGUGCAUCUUUGCAUCCACGGACAACCGGAGGAACGGCAACGUGGGCUCCCCAGCACUGUCCAUCGGCCUCUCCGUCGCCGUAGGCCACUUGGUGGGGGGGAGUAUCUACUUCACCGGCUGCUCCAUGAAUCCAGCCCGGUCCUUUGGGCCCGCGGUCAUCGUGAGGAGGUUCAGCCCGGCACAUUGGGUGUUCUGGGUUGGACCCAUCCUCGGGGCUUGCUUAGCUGCUCUGCUCUACUUCUACAUCCUCGUCCCCUACUGCAUGAACAUGUCAGAUAGGGUUGCCAUCGUCAAGGGCACCUACGAGUCAGAGGAAGAGUGGGAAGAGCAGAGAGAAGAGAGGAAGAAGUCCAUGGAGUUGACCCCACCGUAG